UCACAAAAUUAGGUGCGAUAUCGGUCAUAUAAGGGAAAACGGAAAAUGGGUACGGAGGAACUCUAAUCAAGGAAUAAAACGAUCUCAAGAUGUAUUUUCCAGUAGGGUGGCCAAAAUAUCUUCAAUUACCAAACGAAGACGACGAUCCAGUACAGUGUAUUAUUGCUAACCGGGAAAGGACAUUAUUUGCUGUUGUAACCUUGCAGGCGGUGCAUCUUUGGCAGUGCAAGCCUUGUGUACUGAUUGUGAGCUAUCGUCGUUCUGAUGACUCAGUGGUGGUCCUGGGAACAAACUGUGAGGCAGAAUGGAAACCAGACUCAAGUGUCAUCGCUGUGGCUACGUCUGGUGGCCACCUGUUAUUAUUAAAGAUUGUAUCUGAGAACAACCAAAGACUGUAUGGAACAAAACAAUCAGGUUCUUAUCAUUACAAGCGGGAUGUGACGGAAGCAGACACAAUUGCAGUACCAAGGCUGAAAAUCACCUUUGGUGCUACAUUCCAGGUGACUGGAGGUGUUGCAUGCCUUUGCUGUCUGAAGGAUGAGAUGCUAGUAGCUACAGGCCAGGGGUUAUUGCGACGGAUCACAUGGGAAGGUAUAGGGAGGAGUCACCUGGAUGUCUCCAUCAGGACUGUCCCAUUCUCGCUUGACCUUCAGCAGUCCAGAGAAUCAUUACUUGAUGACCCCAGUAUACAUUUCAAACAGCUGGAAUAUAGUGUGUUACUUGGAGGGUUUGCUGUAGUGUUGUCAGAUGGAAGGGCUGCUUUUCUCACCUCAGAAAGUGCAAAGUUCUCUCCGAAGGGUGUACAUGCAGUUUGGGCACCAGAUGUAUCCAAUGCUACAUGUGUUGCUGUCAAUCACAAAUUCAGGCUAAUUGUUUUUGGAUUAGCAAAUGGUCAGGGAAUAGUGUUUGCUGUAGAUGAAAUCACAGGGGCAUUGCUUGUUUCUCACAGACUGACACUUUCAACCAGUGAUUUUCCAGAGGGAUGCCAGGCAGCUGGGGCUGUGACGUCUUUACGCUGGACACCAGAGGGCAGCGCAUUGAUCCUAUCAUGGCUGAAGGGUGGCUUCUCCCUAUGGAGCACCUUUGGAGCUUUACUUAUGUGUACCUUGGGAGGUGAUUUCUGUCCUGAUCCUUCCAGAUCAAAGAUACUGAGGAUACAGUCAAUGGAAUGGGGACCAGAAGGCUACAAUCUUUGGGCCACCAAGAAGUCAUUAGGUGAAACACAGUCACAUGACGAGUCACCUGAUACCAAAGGAAACCUCAUCCAACUCUCAUUUGUGAAGAGUGCUCUUGCAAUGAACCCAUGCAUGGCAAAUUGUGAGCAUCUUCUACUUCAAGGUGAAAGGCAUAUUUAUCUUAGCUGUGAAGGGACAGUGGUGAAGGCCAGGAGUCAACCAGACCUCACUGCUGACUUGCCUCACCCUCCUAAUGUCAACGGUACAGCCACAGGGAACGCAGCAUGUAGUAGUAACAUCCUUUCUGGUAACAAACAAUGGCAUUGUAUACAGAUACCUCAGAAUUACCUUGACAGCAAUUGGCCUAUUAGGCAUGCCAGUGUCGACAGAACAGGUCACUACAUAGCAGUAGCGGGUCGGUACGGUCUAGCGCACUGCUCUCCGUCGGGCAAGAGGUGGAAGAUCUUUGGUAACAUAACCCAGGAGCGAGACAUGUCGGUGACGGGCGGGUUGUGCUGGUGGAAAGACUUCAUCAUCGCUGCCUGCUUCAACCAUUACGAGAGUAGAGAGGAGAUCCGGGUGUAUCCACGUGCAAGCAAUCUUGACAAUGCCUUUGCCUUCAUCGUCAAGGUUCCCUUUCAAGUACUGCUAAUGAAUGUCUUCAAAGACCUUCUCAUAGUCUUCUGUGCUGACUAUCAUAUAUCACUCUUUAGCUGCGAGAGGAAAGACGGUCCGCCCAGUCCAACAGCAACUCUUACCAGGAUACAGGAUCUUUCGCUCGCAAACUUUGUUCCUCAUCCGUCCUCACUCAUCUCACUCACCCUUACAUCACUCAGGUCUGAAUCAGUGUCUCCCAAGUCAUUCAAUCAGAGCAGUGAGGCCGAGAGUCUCAUCAUCAAUGUCGCUGGUCGUGUAUUGAUGCUCCAGAGAGAUCGAACAAAAGCGCCCUCGCCCAACAACGAUUACCAUGAUCGAAGGAAAACCAAAGAUGCCGAGAUCCCUUUCGUAGCGCCCAUCAUUCUUGCCUCAUCUGUAGAAAGUAUGUGGACCACGUCCCGGUCUAGCGCCAGUAAACCUCAUCUCAUGGAAUCACUCUGGCUGGGGUGUGGAGCCGCAGGAAUGAAGGUGUGGUUACCUCUGUUUCCAGACCGAUUAGAGAAGUUACAUCAUAGCUUUCUGUCCAAACGUAUUAUGCUGCCAUUCAAGUUAAGAAUUUAUCCACUUGCUGUCUUAUUUGAGGAUGCAGUAGUCCUUGGGGCAGCCAAUGACUUGCUUUCGUUUGAACCCAUGACUCCUAGUAUAGAACGGAGUCGUCGAUGCCCAAGCUUGCCAUUCACAACUUUAGAAAGAACUACACAAAUCUAUCUUCAUCAUUUAUUAAGACAGUUGCUGAGAAGAAAUCUUGGGAUGCACGCCCUUCAGAUAGCCCGAAGUUGUAUGUCUCUGCCAUAUUUCUCACAUGUCCUGGAACUCAUGCUCCAUGAAGUCUUAGAAGAAGAAGCGACUGCUUCAGAACCAAUACCAGAUGCCUUAUUACCAAGAGUGGUAGCCUUCAUCCAGGAGUUUCCUCAAUAUUUAGAGACAGUAGUUCAUUGUGCAAGGAAGACGGAGAUAGCACUGUGGCCCUACCUCUUUGCUUCAGUUGGCAAUCCCCAAGACUUGUUUGAGGAAUGUUUGAAGACUGGCAACCUACAGACAGCAGCAUCGUAUCUCAUCAUACUUCAAAACCUAGAGACUGUCAAAGCAAGCAGACAUCAUGCGACAAUGCUUCUAGAUGCAGCCCUAGAGCACAGUGAAUGGUCACUGUGUCGUGACCUGCUCAGGUUCCUCCGUUCCAUCGGAUCAGGGGAUCUGGAUUCACCCAGGCCCCCGCCCCCUCUUGCCAAUCACCACAUGUUUCCCCUGGGUGUGGGGAGGGGAACGCCAGCAGGCGUGACCAAGCCCAGGGGGAGGCAUGCUAGUCAUAACACAAAGUCUGGUGGCUCUGUGGACAGGCAGGCUGACCAGAAUACGACGGAGAAAAGGAAUUCUGUGCUUUCAAGGCAGAACAGUGUCCCCGACUCCAGCGUAGAUGAGUACUACAUUGAUACCAUACUAGCAAGACACGCUAGGAAGCUGCUGGCAGCUUACAGAUUGAAAGAGUUAGGAAUCAUGACAGGCUACCUAGAUUUCAAACUCACAUCGUGGCUUGUUAGGGAAAGGAUGAGAGUAGCUCGUGUAGAAAGCUUUGUAGAUGCCUUGAAGAGGUUACAUUCUGAUUUCAAUUGGCCCCUGCCUGUCAUUGGGAACCCUUUGAGUUCAAAGAGCUUGCAAAGGACAUCCACUCCGACGGGUACCCUCAACGGGAUGCACCCCCAUACGGAGUCCCCUACCUCCCCUGUUGACCUCAUCCCCACCACCAAGUUUGCGGGUAUCAGCAGUAUACCCCCUAAGCCUGCCACGCCCACCCCCACAGGAAACAGACCAAUCAACGGUAAUCACCCUGCUGGUGGGCUAACCCUCAAGUUCUCCAGGACUCAGAGCAUGCUGUCUGAAAGCACUGGCAGUGAUACGAGGACUGAGGAGGCUGUUCUUAAACACCCGUCGGCAAAAGGCUCUGAUGAAACCAGUGUUGGUACAACAGAAGCCUCGGAGGGAAGCCUCCUGGGAGAAGGAGACAACAAUCUGGAUGAUAGCUUCUGGUCAAACAAUGUCACAGUAGAUGAACUAGAACAGUUCUUCAAGGAAGUCAUUCAGCAUGGACCAAAACAAUCAGAGAGAGAACUCAGGUAUCUUUUGAAGAUAGUAUUAGAAGCCAGCUGUCUGGAGUGGGGCCUCCUCAUCUCCAUCAUCCUCAGGGACAGAGCAGCGUUGAGUCAAGUGGUGAACAUAGCAAGCCUUGGGGAAAUCCCCAUGGAUGUCAUCGCUAGGAUGAGGGAAGGUCUCUCCUUCCUGGAGCUCUGGGCUGAUUCAGAGUGCCCUGGUUACAAGCCCCUCCUCAUGGCAAUGAAGCCCCAAGCCAGCGUCCUAGCUGAGGUAGUAGAGAGGGCACCAUCACCAACCCGGUCAAGGUCCUCAUCAGCCUCGGAACACUCCCUGAAUGAGUCCAAGAAGCACAGCUCCAGGGGAAGCAUGGGAGAACCUGAGCCGUGCGAGGACGAGGUCUUUGAAGAAGCGGAGGAAGAGGAAGAGAAGGAGGAGUCGGCGUGUGUUAUAUCAUGACCCAGGCAUGGGUGAAGGGAAUGGAUGUUGGGAUGUAAAGCCAUUCGAGAGACAGAUCCUCAGGAUGUGAAAAGCAAUGUAUUCAUCGCAGGUUUGAAGAGAAGGCGUAUUCAGGGUAUGCACGAGCUUGUCAGAGGGACUUCCAUCAAGACUUGCACAACUUUUUUUCUCUGCAGGAAAACAUGUGAAUGGGACUAAACCAAGAUUCUGAGGUUUUUCUCCUGUAUUUCAUAAAUUUUUAAGGUGAUGACUGAUGACUUUGAAGAGGCGUAUCUUCAAUGCCUAUUUUCAGGGAAAGACUCAAGCUUGCGGCAGUCAGGCGUUGAACACAUCUUUCAGUGUUGGUGAAAGACACUGUUCGCGGGAUAAAGUGUUACAGGAUAAGAUGUGAGGUUUGACAGCAACAGUAACUCGUCUCAAACCUCCAUUGUGCCUGUGACAAAUUUCUUACAUCGGAGAAGAAAACUUUAAUUGCUACGGUGAAAGAAACAGCUCCCCAAUUGUCAGAUAGCUGUGUAGGUAGGUCUGUUCAAUCACAAUGGACGCGAUAUGGAAGCCAUAACUCAUUGUAGGUUCACAUUGAGUAUUACAAAGAUGGAUGUAUCAUGAUAAUGCAAA